AGUGUUGCUUUCGUACCGGGAGGCGGACAGAGCUCGCAAGCUACCGGGGUUCCCAGAUAACGGGACUAUCGUAACGGACACACACGCACACACAGACGGAUGGUGGUGGGACAGAGCCAGAGAGCUGAAUUCCGCUUAACGGGUACCGUGUUGUUUUCUUUUCGUUCAGUUUUAACAUUUCGUGCACAAGGAGUGUUGCUCCUUAAUUUAUUUAUCGAUUGAUUGCGUUUUAAUUACCGGCUCGUGAGUGGAAACGAAGGGGGAGCGUGUCGAGCCGCUGCGUAGCCUUAUACGUGCGUGAUUAUUUAAAUAUAUUAAGCGAUUCUAUUAUAUUUUAUACAAAAAAUAUAAAUGCUGCUUGAAAUGCAUGCAAUGUGCACGAGAUAAACCAGACAGUAGGUGAGCUAGAAACCAAAUAGAGAAACCAAAUAUUCCGGUUAAACCUUUGCAAACCGUUUUAAACCCAGCAACCGCGACUUGAUUGUAAUGUAACCAUAUAGUUUUUGUACUAAAGUGAGAUUUGUUUAAAAAGCGAAACCAAAGUGGAACCGGAUCGCGACGCGCGCAAGGCCACUGUGACGUUUACCGGCCGCACACCUGGUCUCGCGCGGGAUACGCAAAACCCAGGAAACGUUAUGACAGUUAGGACAAGUGAGUUUUAAAUUUGAAAAAAGUCAGUUUCAGCCAACGGUUCGUCGUUUGAAAGCGUAGGUAUUAACGUUCUGUUAUUCUAAUUUGUAAGAUAGCCUAAUUUAAGGGAUUUUCAGCCAAGCCAACAGAAAGACAAAACAAACGUUAAGUGACCACUUUUAACAUAUAUUCCGACGUUAUUUGGACCGCUUGUAAGAUCCCGACUAUCCGUCGGUGUGUGAGUCCGAGAUAGAGUAUCCCUGAGGAAGAAGUAGCCUAGCUAAUGAGGCAUAAUACCAAAAAUGUAAAGAUAGCUUAAGAAAUUUACUUAGGUUAUACAUUUUAAACCAAAUAGUAACUAAUAAUCUACCAAAAAGAAACAACCUCAAAACACAAUAAGCAACCAAAGAAAAAGAAACUCAAGACAAGCGCCAAAUACAAGAGACCAUAGAAGAAAAGCCCAGACGACAGCGGAUCAUGUUUGUUCCCUUGCCGGUGCCGUUGGUGUUUCAGAGAACCGCUCCUGAUUUCAGCGCCUGGCGACUCAAGUCUCCGCUGCCUCUGCGCUCCGGUAACUCCGUAGAUAUCAGGAUGUCUAAAGCCGUCGAGGAAGACAAGAUGGGGACUGAGCUUCCAGUGGACAGUACAGACUCUGAGAGGAACAGUCCAGAAGCCAGCGAUCAGACCCAGCCGAUGAAAACAAGUCCUUUCUGCCUGUCUCCUGCACCCAGCAACACAAAGGUGAAAGCCGAGGAGGCCGCUGAGAUGACCAGUGUUCACGCUCCUCCAGCUCAGCCGGCUCUGCCACACACACAACUCAUGCUCGCAGGCAGUCAGCUCGCCGGGCUGGCCGCUCUCCUCCCUGCACAGCAGCAGCUGUUGUUGCAGCAGGCUCAAGCGCAGCUGUUAGCCGCAGCCGUGCAGCAGUCAAACGCCGCGCAUGCCGCCCACGCAGCCGCGGCGGCCAAUCAGCAGCAGCAGACGCAGCAGCAGCAGGCCAAUCAGGCAGCAGCACAAGCCCAGUCUCAUGCCAAACCAGAACAAGCUCCCCCUCCACUUUUGUCACAGCCUAUCCAGCUCACUGCCCAGGCUCUCUGUCUGUCUCUGCAGGACAUUCAGCAGUUUCUGCAGUUACAGCAGCUGGUCCUGAUGCCCGGGCAUCCUCUACAGUCUCAGUUCCUGCUUCCUCAAGCCCAGGCUCAGCAGGGACAGCAAGGUUUGCUUUCAACAUCGAAUUUGAUUCCACUACCUCAGCAGAGCCAAGGGAGCCUCCUGACCUCCCCACCUAGACUGGGCCUUCAAGCACAGCAUCAUCUUGACGACAGGCUGUGGUCAUUGCAGAGGGAGAAGAGCGUGGAGAGCGUCGUGAGCUCCGCCCCCUCCUCAGCCCCGCCCAUGAGCUCUGUUCCCACGGUGACACCUCACGCCGAGGAGCCCAGCGAUCUGGAGGAGCUCGAACAGUUCGCCAGAACCUUCAAACAGAGGAGAAUUAAACUGGGCUUCACACAGGGGGACGUGGGUAUGGCCAUGGGUAAACUCUACGGCAAUGACUUCAGUCAGACCACCAUCUCACGCUUCGAGGCUCUCAACCUCAGCUUCAAGAACAUGUGCAAGCUCAAACCCUUGCUGGAGAAAUGGCUGAAUGAUGCAGAAACUAUGGCGAUAGACAACAUGCUGCCGAGCCCCAGUUCACUGUCCUCACCUCUGCUGGGCUUCGAAGGCUUGCCUGGACGCCGCCGAAAGAAACGCACCAGCAUCGAGACCAACGUCCGCAUAGCCCUGGAGCGCAACUUCAUCUCGAACCAGAAGCCUACCUCUGAAGAAAUCCUGCUGAUGGCCGAGCAGCUCAACAUGGAGAAAGAAGUCAUCCGAGUCUGGUUCUGCAACCGGCGGCAGAAAGAGAAGCGUAUAAACCCCAGCAGCGCCACCCCUCCUCUGCCCAAUCAGCCUCCGGCACCGGCACACAAACCGCCCUGCUACAGCCCGCACAUGAUGUCCAGUCAGGGACUGGCUCAGGCCGCUACCAGUCUCAGCACAACAGCCGUCAGUCCCACACCUUCUGUGGCCUGCCCUCUUAACCCCAGCGGACAUGCAGCAAUGAGCUCCGCCCCUUCCUCCAUGACUCCGCCUCCUCUCAGCACAGUCAGCCCCACUCCGCCCAGUCUCAGCAGCCCUGGGCUGAACACAGGGAACACAAUGAUGGGUGUAAGCACAGGAAUGAACCAGCCCUUCAUCAGCAGCAACCCUCUGGCCACAAUGCAAGCCCUGGCUGCCAGUGGUGGCCAAAUGCCCAUUUCCGCUCUUGAGGGCAGUGGUCAAAUGUUCCUGGGUGGAGCUGGAGGUCCAGGAGCUGGACUUCGCCCAUCCCUCUUCCUAAACCGCCCCACUUUACUGCCCCUGGCCAGGAGUGCAGGCAUGGGUCUGGUCGGCACCCCCCGGGCUUCUCCGCCUCCUGGAGCCAGCGGCACAAGCCCAGACUCCUGCUCCGUCUCCCCCUGCUCAAGCCCCGCCUCCUUCUGCUCUUUAGGUGACGCCUCACCGCCCCCUCUGGGUGGAGCCAUGGCUGAGUGACGCCCACACCAACCUGCUGCACCUGAGGGGAGUCAGAGGGGCGGAAGAAAGAAGAUAGACAAGACUCGCCUUUUCAACCAAAGCCAUCUCUCACUCCCUCCAUUUCUCUCUUGUGCUCUCUCUCUCUCUCUCAUUACGUCUUUUAAUGCCAAAAAUACAGAGAAAUGAGCAGAAGAGAACAGGGAUAAGGAGAGAACAGGAUAACGGGGGACUGAUUAAACCAAAAAAAUUGACCUACACAGCGUGGAGAGGUGGCUUAGACGGAGCUACUUUGAGAAUGUACAUUUAUUCCUUUCCAAAUGGAAAAAGACAAACCCACAUGAACAGAUGAAUUUGAGGGCAGGGUCGAGAGCCAAAAAACUUUGCGAUGAAACAACAAGGAAAAAGGAAAACCGGUGGCAACGAAUGGAACAAAGGAAGGACAUUUAACAAGUGUCACUGGACGGUAGAGAAGAGAAACCAAAAAAUAAACACAUGGAGGAAGAAUGGAAAGACUCACAAAGACAAAAAAUGCCAAAACCAAAAUACCAAAAACCAAAACCAAAAAAUCGGAGAGAAAAGCUUUACCUAAGACUUUGAAACCUGACUUGUCCAGGAUCAGAUUAACUCUACACAACACCAAAUACCAUUUUACCAUCCACCCCUUAUAAUUUAAACUUUUUUUUAACUCUUUGUAAAUGUAUUUCUCAAUCUACCUCUGCUACCAAGUAUUUAGAUUUUCUCAUUCUUUUCAUUCCAUUUUCACUUUUGAUCCCAUGAUAUUUUCAGCAUUUCUUCCUGUCAAGCUUACAAUGAAAUACACAAAUUAAGAGGGAUUUUUCACCACUUUCAACAGUAUUACACACAUUACUGUGACACACAUCCCUGAUUCCCUUUCCAUCAUCCAUGCCUCAAACUUCGACUCACUUUUCUUGGAUACCAAAGCGUUUGUCUGGCCUUUUGCGUCAGCUGAAAAGUGCUCAGAUGACAAGACCUCAGACAUGUAAAAAAAAAAAAAAAAAACAUACACAAGGAGAAAUUGAGA